AUGGGUGUCUACGUCCAAGACACCUAUGCCACCCACGGCUCCCACUGGCGUGAAAAUCUCUUCUACAGCCACUUUCUCUCGCUACCUCUUUUCCUGCCUCUGACCAACACUUUGCGUCGCCAAUACACUGCUCUCUCCGCCACUGCACCNCUCUCCGUCCCCGACUCGCUGCCAGUCCUCAAGAGCGCAAACCUGCCCUCUGGUAUCGCGUACCUGCUGCUCAACUCCCUCACACAAUUGGCCUGCAUAACAGGCGUAAACCUACUCUCCGCCCAAGCCUCAGCAGUCACAGUCACCAUCGUCUUGAACGUGAGGAAGCUUGUGAGUUUUGUGGCGAGCACGGUCUUGUUUGGUCACAAGCUGAGUGGGAUGAUGGCCGUUGGUGCAGGACUUGUGUUUGGGGCCGGUGCGCUGUAUGGCUGGGAAACUAGUUAUAGGAUUCCGAUGCAGAAGAGGCAGAGACAGGUCAAGGAGGCCAAGGCACAGUAG